GAGCCUGCAUCACCUCACUUGGAAGCUGGUUCCAGACCCUAGCCGCCCUGACCGUGAAGUAGCGCCUCCUGAUGUCCAACUUAAACCUACCCUCCGCCAGCUUGUGUGUGGUUGCAGGGGGCGGCCAGGCAGCAGGGAGCAGCAUGGUCCUGGAGGUACCAUGGGGUCAACCCGGGUGACGGCAAAGGAGCUGUGUGAAAAUGAUGACCUCGCUACCAGCCUGGUGCUGGAUUCCUACCUCGGCUUCAAGACCCACAAGAUGAAUGUCAGCCCGCUCCCUGCUAUCCGGAGGCAGCAUCACCUGCGGGAGGCAGUAGAAGCCUUUCGCCGACGCCGGGACUUGGAGGCUGCGUACCGGGCCCUGAUGCUGGGCGAUUGGUCCUGUCAGUACUUCCAGAACCGGAGCUGCCAGCAGGAGGCUGCACUCAAGAUUCAUAUAUUCCGCUACCUCCGCAUCUUCCUGCCCGAGAGUGGCUUCACGAUCCUGCCCUGCAGCCGCUACUCCCUGGAGACCAAUGGGGCCCGCGUGGUCUCCACCAAGUCAUGGAGGAAGAACGACAAGCUGGAGCUGUUGGUGGGCUGCAUUGCAGAACUGACAGAGCCGGAUGAGAGCCUACUGCGUGCAGGCGAGAAUGACUUCAGCAUCAUGUACUCGACGCGCAAGCGCUGUGCCCAGCUCUGGCUGGGGCCUGCUGCCUUCAUCAACCAUGACUGCAGGCCAAACUGUAAGUUUGUCCCAACUGAGGGAAACACGGCCUGUGUGAAGGUGCUACGGGACAUCGAGCCCCAGGAUGAGAUCACUUGUUUCUACGGUGAUGGUUUCUUUGGGGAUAACAAUGAACUGUGCGAGUGCUGCACCUGUGAGAGGAAGGGGGAAGGCGCCUUCCGGCAGCAGCAGAAGGACCCCUCUCAAGCUACCUCAGCCCAAGAGAAAUACCAACUCCGUGAGACGGACGGACGGUUACAGCGCUGGAAGGGCCGGGUCUCCAAGAAGGUGCAGCCUGGUGCCAAGGCAGCGCGUAGGGCCCGGCGCCGGAGGGACCGCCUCCGCGCUCUCCGUGCCUGUCAGCUCCAGCCUGGCUGGACACCCUCCUUGCCUUGCUUCCCACAGCUUCAAGCACUCAGGCAUCUGCGGAUCCCUCUGCACAACUGCGUUGCUUGCAGGGGUAUAGGCAGGGGCUGCCGGCUGAGGAAGGAGCUGGCUGUCUCUCUGGUACGCUGCCUUCCUGGUGCCUCUGCCCCUGAGACCGCUGUGGCACAGAGCUCUGAAGCCCUAGAGCAUCACCCUGCCCUCUACCAGCAUCCUCCCAGCAGCACAGAGCCUUCCAUCCCCUCCUCUCUUGGAUCACUGGACCUCCUAAGGCUAAAGACUCCCAGCUUGACUCGCGUCUUCUGUGUGGAGUUGGGGGACACGAGGGUUCUGGCCUCCCAGGACCGAGGGCAGGGCCCUGGGAUUGGUCCCCCCAUGCUGGGAGUUAGCAGUACCCCAGGGGAAGCUUCACCAGGGGCUGUGCCCCACAGCAGGGAUGUGGUACCCCCUGGGGGUGUUGUGGGGCACUGCCCAUUAGCCCCUCAGCUUCUCUGCCGUACUCGAAGCAUGGUAAAAGCUGUGGCCUCCUGUCCUGCUUGGCCCCUGGAGGCACUUGCUGCAGCAGGAAGGGCCAACCCCCAUCCCCUGCCAGACCCUAAGCUGUCCUUGUAUGCUCAUGUGAGGCUGGAGAAGACGGAGCAGCCUCCCCAGCCAGCCAUGAGCAGGACGGAGCCAGAGGAGGCCUCAGCUCCCAGCGGAGACCCCAAGCGGACGGUGACCUUUCAACCUUUUCCCCCUGCCAAGCGCCUGCGGCUGGUGGUGAGCCACGGCUCCAUCGACUUGGACCUGGCCUCAGCAGCCAGCGAGGAGGCGGCCUGACUGGGCCUCAGGUAACAGCUGGGCCACUGCUGUGCUGUUCUGUGUGGUAGGGGGAGACCACCCAGCCCCCUUCACACCCCUCUGGUUUCCCCUCAGUGUCUCCAGUUCUGGAGGGGUGUGGAGCCCCCUUUUCCCUGGCCAGAGUCAUGAAGCAGCUCCCCCUCUGCUUCACUGGCCUCUCAGAGCCUCCAUUUUUAAUAUGGGGCUGGGCCCCACAACCUGUUUUUUUAGGUAACACAAAUACACCCACACAGUCCCUCUGCUGCACCCCAGACUGGAGCCCUGAGGCCAAGCCAUAUAACACCAGUCUGUUGGCAAGUCGUCAGUCCAAUUCCCCGUGUGUGUGUGUGUGUGUGUGUGUGUGUGUGUGUAUCACCCCUGUAUCUCCCUUGUUAUUUCAUACUACCUUUGUUUCGGGGGUCUUUCUUUGAUCCCCGCCCCGCACUCCAGGGGUUCUUGUCUUGGGAUGAAUUCAUAUUGGGGGGCAGAAGGACUGUUGUGGGGGGACCUGGGUCAGCUGGAGUGUUUUGAUACAUAUCUUUGCCAGGCAUCUGGUUUCACCGGGACACUUUUUUAUGCUACAGGCAACUCUGAGGGCACAGCAGCUGAAUGGCUGGAUGCCCAUAGGGUGCUGUUGGAAAUUUUUUUGGGGGGGGGGAGGGGUUUCCCCUCCAUGGGGUGCUGGCUGGCUCGGGGGUGGGGAGAUGGGGCCAGAGCCUUUCCCUCAGGGCAAUUUAGAUAGGUCAGAGUGGGCUUUGCAGUCUCCUGUGUGGAGUCUGGGGGUGGGAUGGGGGGAGUUACUAGGGUGGGGGUGGUCCUUUUAUUCAACUAGCAAAAAAGACCAACUUCCAAGAGAAGUGGUGCUGGCUCCUACCCUGGGAGUAUUUAAAAGAAGGCUAAGUGAACACCUGACUGCGGUCAUUUGACCCAGUACCCUUUCCUGCCACGGCAGGGGGUCGGACUUGAUGAUCUGCUAAGGUCCCUUCCGACCCUACCAACUAUGAAUAUGCUCGCAGCAUUUCUGUGCUACUGUCCCCAACCUGCACCGGGCACACCAGCACCAGGUGCAUGGAUAUCCUUAGUAACCCAGCUGUGCUGAGGUGAUGCCCGCUUCUUAUUCUAGGUGGGUUGUCCAGAUUGGGGCCACCUGGUGAUCCCUGGUAGAAAUGUCUCCCCUUGCGUUUCCCCAGGCUUGGGCCUUGUAGGUGCAUGGGUCAUGCUGUGUCCAAGCUCGGGUCAUGGCCGGGGGCAUGGCUGUCAUGGGUAUAGGUAGGGUCCUUGUCAAUCCUUGCUCCCCUCCCUCCCAUGGGGCAGCCCCUGUGCCCAGGCAGGAAGGGCCAGGAGAAGCCACCCUUGGUAUGGCAGCUACAGCCAGCCCCUCCCUUCAGGGGAGCACAGGACAGACGUAUUCCCUGGUGACAGGACUCCUGUGUUCCCUACCUGUGCCCCAUCCCCCCUGGGGGCAUAUGAUUUCUACCAGGCAAGGAUCUGGUUCUCCUGGGUCUCCUGCUUUCUGACCACAGUAUCUUUAUCCUGAACCUGGUGCUCACUGCCAUCUCUCCAGUGCUCAGAGUCAGGGACUGGGGGAGCAGGGGAGCUACAGUUUUCAUGGGGGUUUUUCCAGCCCCUGGGCUCACCCAGGUACACCAGGAAGGGGCAGGUUGCUCUACAGAGGCCAGAGACAGGGAGGGGAAGAGAAUUCAGUUCUCCAAGGGAUUUUUCUGUGGUUCAGGUGUCUCCUUCCUCCUGCCCCCCUGCUAGCGAGCCCCCUUCCUCACUGGGAAGGCAGGGGCGGGGUGAGGGGUACAGGAUGAGGAUCUCUGAUCUGCCUCUGUUUGCAGUGCAUUGCAGCCCUAGUGUGUACUUUCCCUGUCUUAGUCUGGGUUAAAAAGGCAGUAGAAUUGUGGAGUGGGGGCUGGGAGCCCUGGACACCUGGGUCCUUCCCUGGGAAGCAAGCAGGGCAAUAGUGGGAUAGGGUGUGGGGGGAAGCUAGCAUACCAGUACAUCUUGGUCCUUUCCCUGGCUUUCCUUUGGUCCAGGGCUGAGUUGCUUCUCCUCUCUUGUGCCUCAGUUUCCCCAUCUGUAUGAUGGGUUUCAUAUGUACCUACCUCACAGGAGGAGGCGGUGCUAUUUCUAAGGCCCCACACAGCCCUGGGGGUACAGCCACCCCUCAUCCCCUGCUGCUACCCGGCUGCAUCCCCAAAUCAGUGCAUACCCCCAGGCCCUGGCUGAAUUCAGGGCCCAGCAGGCAGGGACCAUUUGCUUCCCAGCCUGGCUAGAACCAAGACCCCAGCACAGGGCAAGGCAAUGACAGAGGGGAGAGGUGC